AUGCCAUCACAGAGUGCGUCUAUGAUCUCCCCUACCACAGAGAGGCCUGAUAAGAAUGCUCAAUCGUCCAAUGAUCCGGUUGGAGCACCGCCGAAUGAGAUUGCCGACAAUGUAAUCCUAGCCGAAGGGCUAUCUUCACUCACAGCUCAUUCAACAUUUGCUAUUGAUUAUGCGCGCAACGUCGUCGACUCGAAUCAACCCAUGGGGCAAAAUAGCGAGGAGAUUGGCAAACUGCUGGACACGCUGCGCCACAUCACAAAUGCAUCCAACGACCAGCGUCUUUCAUCAAAGCCUUUGUUUCCCUUGGUACAUUCAACACCCUGCUCAAAUAGGGAGCAUUAUGAUAUGCCCCCAUUGAGAGCUGCUGUCCAACUCAUACAAGAAGCUGAAGUCAAUGGGAACUACGUAUUCCGUGUGAUGUGUUAUUUACUCGGCCCGCGAAGUGUGUCGGACCUGUGUUUGAAGGUAUACUUUUCUUCCGAUUACUCUGAUGCAGAGUUCAUCAUUGUCAAUGCGACUUUGAAUUGCCUGUCAGGUGAGAGAGUUACCAGUCAAGAUGAUGCUGAAACCCACGAUGAGCACAACAAACUGGUCUUGAUGUGUCAAACGAACCUCGAGAGGGCACUUUCAAAACUUACUCUAUAUAUCAAACCUAGCUACGACAUGGUCCUAGCUCUUGUUCUAGGGAUUUUCUAUGCUCUCAACGUGUCGAAUACGUCUCUAGCCUGUGUCUUGGUAGGAGCAGCGUACCAAUGCUCAUAUUCCCUUGGAUUCCACACUCGCUCGAAUACUUCAGAUGAGCCUUUACACGAGUCAGAUCAGGAGCGAUUGCUUUUCUGGGCGGUCUACUUUUCCGAGAAGACUUUGUCUCUUCGACUAGGACGUUCUUCUAUUAUUAAUAGCUGUGAUAUCACAAUUCUCUCAAUGGAAGGUCUGAAAGCUCCAAAAUCCCACACCAUUUGCUACGCAUAUCAGAUGGUGAAGUUGGCUAGUUUGUCGGGCAGAAUUUACGAGCAGCUUUACUCGGCAGAUGCCCUUCGCUCGAGCGAAGAUAUGCGAACUCACCGAGCACUAGAACUUUCCCAGGAGCUCCAUGGAUAUUGUGCAGAGGCUCGCGAUGCAAAUCAAAUUUGGGCUCAAUCAACUAGAGAAAAUUCUGAAAAAGAGCAGAUUUACUUCAUCUCUGCAUCUGACGAGGUUCUACGCCUUUCAAUGUUAACUCUGAUAUACCGAGCUAUGCCUCCAGAGCCCAAUUCCGGAACAACCCUCAGUUUGGGGUGCAUUACCUCUGCUAGAUGCGCGCUUGAAUCCCACCAGGCAUUUGUUCAGGGGCUUGGAAUGCAAAGCUCCUCGUUUCAUCUAUCUACUUAUGUUAAUUGGACGAUUUUAUUCACACCGUUUGUUCCUUUCAUCGUGCUAUUCUGUCAUACUAUUGAAACACGGAAUAAGGAGGAUUUGAGACGAAUGCAUACAUUCCUCGAAUCGAUCAGCGGUGCCUGCCAACAUUCCACUGCAAUUGCCAAACAACACCAUCUCUUUGGCGUAUUUUAUAGUGUAGCGUUGCGCUACAUUGAGUUGGGUUUACCAUCAUCUCCCAUGGAAGAGGAGCAGAUGAAGCUUAGGAGCGAAGUGAAUGCACAUUUGAGCGCAUUUGGGCUAUGGCCGCACACCAAUGAUGUAACUAGCCACCACACAGAGAGAGCCAAAGCCUCAAUGUCAUCUGUCUGCGAGAGUAUAAAAGUCUCCGAGGAGAACAGGGCUGCCGAAGGAAUUAAUUGGGUGCAAGAUCCGGGGCUUGAACGCUGGUUCUCUUUCAAUCAACAGAUGAUGGGGCUAUUCGAAGCUAGCGAUUUGCCAUUUUGA